AUGAGUACGUCUGAAGCCCCUGUCCAGGCCUCAGGCCUGGCUGACGGUAUCAUCCCGUCCCAUACUUACGUGCCAAAUGAGGGAUACGUCAACCAUGAGGGCACAGACUCCGCUGCGGCGGGGCAAGAAUCCACCGAACAGUACGAUGAGGACGAGGAAGACGAAUACUACGACGAUAUCUUCGAGGAGGAGCUCGACACUGAGGACUUCCAGUCUUCUGAUCCCUCUGAUCUUACCAAGGCGUACAAUCGCCAGCGCAAAUUGAACGACGCCGCCGCCGAUACGAACGUCCCCAGAUGGCAAUACCCUAAGACCAACACCCAGAAGCCUACAGUCAACACAUACGCUUCCGUCGACGAUCAAGUCAAGUCUUUGACUCGUCAUGCCGCGAAGAUUAAGCUGGACGACCAGCAGUCUGGUUUCUCGGGCACCGGUGGAAACCGUGGAGGAGAUCGUGCGGAUCGUGCGACAUCAGAGCAGGUGUUGGACCCUCGCACCCGUAUGAUCUUGCUUCAGAUGAUCAACCGGGGCGUCGUCUCCGAGAUCCACGGCUGUCUGUCCACUGGAAAGGAAGCAAAUGUUUACCACGCCAUGUCUAUUCCGGACGAGGACGACGCUAGCCCAAUACACCGCGCCAUUAAGGUCUACAAGACCAGCAUCUUGGUUUUCAAGGAUCGUGACAAGUACGUCACUGGCGAGUUCCGUUUCCGCCAGGGAUACAAUAAGAGCAACAACCGCGCAAUGGUCAAGGUCUGGGCCGAAAAGGAAAUGCGAAACCUGCGACGAAUUUACGCCGCCGGUAUUCCCUCUCCCGAGCCCAUUCAGCUCCGUCUGCACGUUCUCGUCAUGGGUUUCCUCGGCAGCUCGAAGGGCAUUCCCGCUCCACGUCUGAAGGACGCCACGAUCAUCGCCGAUGAUCUCGAGGCCCGCUGGCGCGAGCUCUACUUCGAAUUGAUGGGUUACAUGCGUGUACUUUACCAGGUCUGCCGCCUGGUUCACGCCGAUCUGAGCGAGUAUAACAUCCUGUACCACAAGAAGCGUCUCUACGUCAUUGAUGUCAGUCAAAGUGUUGAGCACGAUCAUCCUCGCAGUUUGGAGUUCCUGCGUAUGGAUAUCAAGAACGUUAGCGACUUCUUCCGCCGGCAAGGUGUUGAUAUCUUGUCUGAGCGCACUGUGUACCAAUUCAUUGUGUCUCCUCAAGGUCCCACUGACAUCACCGCCGGAAACGAGGAGAUGUUCGAAGCAAUUGAGAAGCUCUACACUGCUCGCGAGGAGUCCGGAGCCACUGAGGAGACUGAGGAGCUUGACACCGCUGUCUUCCGUCAGCAAUACAUUCCUCAGACCCUGGAGCAGGUAUACGAUGUUGAGCGUGAUGCUGAGAAGAUCCGCGACGGUUCCGGAGCCGAUCUGAUCUACGGAGACUUGCUUGCAACUGGCAAGGCCAAAUCCACAGCUAUUGGUACCGAGGACGUCGAUGACGAAACCGAUGCCAGCGGUGGAGUGUCAGUCUCUGGCUCUGAUGCCGGUGGCAGCGACGAAGAGGAAAUUGAUCCAUUCGCUCCUAAGCCCCCUCGAGGCAAGCGUUUCCAAGACAAGGAUUCUAAGCACGAGCACAAGGCCAAGGUCAAGGAAGAAAAGCGAGAGCAGCGCGCCAAUAAGAUGCCUAAGCAUCUAAAGAGAAAGCUUAUUUCAUCUUCAUCGAAGAAGAAGAAAUAG